GCGGGUGCCGGGAACCACGAGGGGUGGGGGCGCGCUUCCGGUGCCGGUGGCAGCAGAAGGAGUUGAACCCCAAGUAGCCGGAUUGCUAUAGCACAUUUCAACAGUCCAGCUUGCAGUAGGACAGCAGGAUCCCAGUGGAGACUCUCCCUUACCCAGAGGUGUGAAUUCACCCAUCCUGGUGAGACAUCCCAUUGCAAAUUCCAGCAGAUAACUCCUUUCCCAGGGCAUCAGCUUCCUGAUUGCCAGAGGAUGUCAGUGCCUUAUGAGCCAGGGUGUGGAAGACAGUGAGGAGUGCCUCAGACUCUUGCAGUGCCCAACCCAGAUCUUCUGGAGUCACAGACACAUCUAACUCAAAUGGACCAUGGCCAAUAGCGAGCGCACCUUCAUUGCCAUCAAGCCUGAUGGAGUCCAGCGCGGCCUUGUGGGAGAGAUCAUCAAGCGUUUUGAGCAGAAGGGAUUCCGCCUUGUUGCCAUGAAAUUCAUGCAGGCUUCUGAAGACCUUCUCAAGGAGCACUAUAUGGACCUGAAGAACUGUCCAUUCUUUGCUGGCCUGGUGAAAUACAUGCACUCAGGGCCAGUGGUUGCCAUGGUCUGGGAGGGGCUGAAUGUUGUGAAGACAGGUCGAGUGAUGCUUGGGGAGACCAACCCUGCGGACUCCAAGCCUGGGACCAUCCGUGGGGACUUCUGCAUCCAAGUUGGCAGGAACAUUAUCCAUGGCAGUGAUUCUGUGGAGAGUGCAGAGAAGGAGAUUGGCUUGUGGUUUCACCCUGAGGAACUGGUGAAUUACAAGAGCUGUGCUCAGAACUGGAUCUACGAGUGACAUGCAAGCAGACCACAGUGCUUGUCCCACCCCAGUUCCCCUCCCUCUCAUGGGCAGGGACCAGGUCAUAGCAAAUCUAGUUAUUUCUGAGAACUUGCUUUUCAUCUGGAGGGAAACUCUUGGAGCUGUGGAUGCUCCCUGUACAGUGUUAUGUGCUAUCAUCAGAUUAAAAUGUUUCAUCUCAAGGA